CAUUUAAAACGCUCAUUCUCUUCUAAAUCCCAAAUCCUAAUAUUUUUUUUUAUCUUCAGUAUUUGUUUUUCCCGACACCUCUCGCCGACAGCGUAACGGUGGCCGUUCCCGGCGCCGUCGUUGAUCUCUUCCAUCCUCUGCCGUCAAAUUUACCUCUACUCCUCUCCUUUCGUAUUCACACUAUCAUUUCCUUUUUUCCUCUUUCUCUUUCUCCACCGCAACACACUCAACUCUAGGUGUGGAUGGAACUUGAAGCUAGCAAUCAGCCCAAGCAAGAGCGAUCAAGGACAAGAUGGACAGCAUCCCUUGACAAGAUAUUUGCAGACUUGGUUGUCAAGCAGAUUCAACUAGGAAAUAGACCAAACAAUGUUUUUGACAAGAAAACAUGGAAUCAUAUUCGGGAUGAGUUUAAUAGGCAAACAGACCUUAGUUUCAACAACAAUCAAUUGAGGAAGCAUCUAGAUGUACUUCGGACCCGCUUCUACAACUUGAAAUCCGCUUAUGAUCAGAAUAAUGAUUUUGUAAUGGAUGAUUCCUGUUGCAUUGGCUUUGAGCAGUGGGAUGAUAUAGGGGCACAGCCUAGGCACGAAACAGUUAAAGGGAAAGAUUGUCCAAUAUAUGAGCAACUGUGCGCAAUCUUCAUAGAUUCAGCAGCUGAUGGGAAAUACGCCCAGUCUAGUCAUUAUGAAGAGCUUGACAAAUCUUUUGGAACUGAUGCAUCUGGCUUUACACCAUGUCUAGAAGCUAAGGUCUCACAUUAUGAAAACCCAUCAACAUCUAAAUCUAUUCCUGGGAAUAUCUCAACUUCUGAGAAGGUGACCAAGAAUUCUCUAGAUAGGAAACGGAAACGGUCGUACGAGACACAAACUACUGGCCUGGAUCAGGACACCUGCAAUGCUAUGGCAGAAGCCUUGUUAGAUAUGGUUGCUGUUUCAAGGUUAAGGGCAGUCGUUUCAAGUGUAAGUGAUGACAAGUUUUCCAUAACAAACUGCAUUAAGGCUCUAGAUGAGAUAGAAGGCAUUGAUCAACAGCUCUACUUUUCUGCCCUGGAUCUCUUUGAGAACCCUAGCUUAAGGGAGAUAUUCAUUUCUCUAAAAAGUGUCAAGAUAAGGUUGACAUGGUUACAAGGAAAGUGCAGUAGAAGUCCCUUCCAUUAGAAAAUUCAAGUCAUCAGAAUAGAUUUCAUAGUCACAACACAAAUGCUCAGUCUAUUAUACCGUCCUUUUUGUUUGACUGUAAGUAAUGCCAUUCCUAGUUUUAACUUUUACAACCUGCCGUAGUUGUUUAUACAACGUGCUUUUUCAACUGGAUUUUAUAGUUACUCUUUCGAAUAUGACUUUUGUGAACCUUCUGAUCC